CUUCCUCCUCCGCCUCCUCAGCUCUUGGGCUAGAAUAUAUAUGGGUGGAAACGUGAUGCGAUGAAUCCGAGAGAGACCGAAACUGGGACGGGGAGUGCAGCGGAAGCGGCGGGACUCCUGGGCAUGGGGGCUUCACCACAAUAGAGGCAGCGCCCCCACCCGCCCCCGCCCGCCCCCGCCAGCCCCUCCGGAGUGAACCUCCCCCCAAACCCCCUCGGGAAAAGGAUGGCGGCGGCACCUACCCAGAUCGAAGCCGAGCUGUAUUACCUGAUCGCUAGGUUCUUGCAGUCCGGACCCUGCAACAAAUCAGCUCAGGUGCUAGUGCAGGAGCUCGAGGAACAUCAGCUGAUUCCGCGCCGCUUAGAUUGGGAGGGGAAAGAACACCGAAGAAGCUUCGAGGAUCUGGUGGCAGCCAAUGCACACAUCCCUCCAGACUACCUCCUUAAAAUUUGUGAGCGGAUUGGUCCCUUACUAGAUAAGGAGAUCCCUCAGAGUGUUCCUGGGGUACAGACAUUACUAGGUGUUGGUCGGCAGUCUCUGUUACGGGAUGCCAAAGAUUAUAAGAGUACACUAUGGAAUGGGUCUGCUUUUGCAGCUCUACAUAGAGGCAGACCUCCAGAACUACCUGUAAAUUAUGUGAAACCUCCAAACGUGGUGAAUAUCACCUCUGCCAGGCAAUUAACUGGAUGUAGUCGCUUCAGCCAUAUUUUCCCAUCAUCUGCUUAUCAGCACAUUAAGAUGCAUAAGCGAAUUCUGGGGCAUUUGUCAUCUGUCUACUGUGUAGCAUUUGACCGAAGUGGGAGAAGAAUUUUUACAGGUUCAGAUGACUGUUUGGUAAAAAUUUGGGCUACAGAUGAUGGACGCCUCCUUGCUACACUUCGAGGACACUCUGCUGAAAUUUCGGACAUGGCUGUUAACUAUGAAAACACUCUUAUUGCUGCAGGCAGCUGUGAUAAAGUUGUAAGAGUAUGGUGUCUUCGAACUUGUGCACCAGUUGCAGUCCUUCAGGGACAUUCAGCUUCUAUUACUUCCAUACAGUUUUGUCCAUCAACAAAAGGCACAACCAGAUACCUCACUUCCACUGGUGCUGAUGGAACAAUCUGUUUCUGGCAAUGGCAUGUAAAAACAAUGAAGUUUAGAGAUCGUCCAGUGAAAUUUACUGAGAGAUCCAGACCUGGAGUUCAGAUAUCCUGUUCAUCUUUCAGUUCUGGUGGUAUGUUCAUCACAACGGGUAGCACUGAUCACGUGAUUAGAUUAUAUUAUUUGGGUUCUGAGAUCCCUGAGAAAAUUGCUGAAUUAGAAUCACAUACGGAUAAAGUUGUUGCUGUUCAGUUCUGUAACAAUGGAGACAGUUUACGGUUUGUUAGUGGAAGUAGAGAUGGAACAGCAAGAAUAUGGCAAUAUCAGCAACAAGAAUGGAAGAGUAUAGUGCUAGAUAUGGCUACUAAAAUGACUGGGAAUAAUUUGCCAUCUGGAGAAGAUAAGGUCACUAAACUUAAGGUGACUAUGGUGGCAUGGGAUCGUUAUGAUACCACAGUUACUACGGCAGUAAACAAUUUCCUUUUGAAAGUAUGGAAUUCUAUCACAGGGCAGCUUCUUCAUACUUUAUCUGGGCAUGAUGAUGAAGUAUUUGUUUUGGAAGCACAUCCAUUUGAUCAAAGGAUCAUUCUUUCAGCGGGUCAUGAUGGGAACAUUUUUAUUUGGGACCUUGACCGAGGGACCAAAAUUCGUAAUUACUUUAACAUGAUUGAAGGCCAAGGUCAUGGUGCAGUGUUUGACUGUAAAUUUUCACCAGAUGGAAACCAUUUUGCCUGUACAGAUUCUCAUGGGCAUUUGCUACUUUUUGGUUUUGGAUGCAGUAAAUAUUAUGAAAAGAUUCCAGAUCAGAUGUUCUUCCACACGGAUUAUCGACCUCUUAUCCGUGAUGCCAAUAACUAUGUGUUGGAUGAACAAACCCAACAAGCUCCUCACCUCAUGCCUCCCCCAUUUUUGGUGGAUGUAGAUGGAAAUCCUCAUCCUACAAAAUUCCAGCGCCUUGUUCCAGGACGGGAAAAUUGUAAAGAUGAGCAACUUAUACCACAGCUAGGAUAUGUAGCUAAUGGUGAUGGCGAGGUGGUAGAACAGGUAAUUGGGCAGCAAACUAAUGACCAAGAUGAGAGCAUUCUUGAUGGAAUAAUCAGAGAGCUACAGAGAGAACAAGAUAUGAGAUUAAUUAAUGAAGGAGAUAUUCCACAUUUUCCAAUUAAUAGAUCAUACUCUGUUAAUGGUGCUCUGAGAAGUCCAAAUAUGGACAUACCUUCUUCCCCUAACAUUGGUCUCCGACGUAGUGGUCAAAUUGAAGGUGUUCGACAAAUGCAUAAUAAUGCUCCUCGGAGCCAAAUGGCCACAGAAAGAGAUCUCAUGGCGUGGAGCAGAAGAGUGGUGGUCAAUGAACUAAAUAAUGGAAUUAGUAGGGUACAGGAAGAAUGUCGAAUUGCGAAAGGUGAUGUAGAAAUCAAUCUUUAUACACUUGAAAAGAAGAAAAAGCCAUCUUAUACUACCCAAAGGAAUGAUUAUCAGCCAAGCUGUGGGCGUUCUUUACGAAGAACACAGCAUAAACGUCAGCAUACUUAUCAAACUCGCUCCAACAUAGAGCAUAAUUCACAAACAUCUUGUCAAAAUUCAGGAGUACAGGAAAACUCAGAGAGCUCCUCAGAGGAAGAUGAAACCAUUGGCACAAGUGAUGCUUCUAUAGACGAUCCUGUUAUUGAAUGGCAAAGUGAAAGUUCUUCCAGUGAUUCUUCAAGUGAAUAUUCUGAUUGGACAGCAGAUGCUGGAAUAAAUUUGCAACCUCCAAAAAGACAAACCAGACAGGCAACACGGAAAAUAUGCAGUAGCUCUGAGGAGGAGAAUUUGAAGUCACUAGAUGAAAGGCAAAAGAAACCCAAACAGACUAGAAAGAAGAAAGGAGGACUGGUUUCUAUGGCAGGUGAGCCCAGUGAAGAAUGGUUUGCCCCUCAGUGGAUCUUGGAUACCAUACCUCGACGUUCCCCAUUUGUCCCACAAAUGGGAGAUGAGCUUAUCUAUUUUAGGCAAGGGCAUGAAGCUUAUGUGCGGGCUGUAAGAAAAUCAAAAAUAUACAGUGUUAACAUACAGAAACAGCCAUGGAACAAAAUGGAUCUCAGGGAGCAAGAAUUUGUUAAGAUUGUAGGAAUCAAAUACGAGGUUGGACCACCUACACUAUGCUGCUUGAAGCUUGCAUUUUUGGACCCCAUUUCAGGCAAAAUGACAGGAGAAUCUUUUUCUAUUAAGUAUCAUGACAUGCCAGAUGUCAUUGACUUCCUUGUGCUACAUCAGUUUUAUAAUGAAGCCAAAGAAAGGAACUGGCAGAUUGGUGAUAGAUUUCGCAGUAUAAUAGAUGACGCUUGGUGGUUUGGGACUGUGGAGAGUCAGCAGCCUUUUCAACCAGAGUAUCCUGAUAGCUCUUUCCAGUGUUACAGUGUUCACUGGGACAAUAAUGAGAGAGAAAAAAUGAGCCCCUGGGAUAUGGAGCCAAUUCCAGAAGGAACUGCCUUACCAGAUGAAGUUGGUGCUGGUGUUCCUGUGUCCCAGGAGGAACUGACUGCUUUACUAUACAAACCCCAGGAAGGAGAGUGGGGGGCUCAUUCCAGAGAUGAGGAAUGUGAACGGGUUAUUCAGGGCAUCAACCACCUUCUUUCCCUGGAUUUUGCCAGCCCUUUUGCUGUUCCAGUGGAUCUCAGUGCCUACCCCUUGUAUUGUACUGUAAUCGCUUAUCCAACUGACCUCAACACCAUCAGGAGGAGACUUGAAAACCGCUUUUACAGGAGAAUAUCAGCAUUAAUGUGGGAGGUACGCUACAUUGAGCAUAAUGCCAGGACUUUUAACGAGCCAGACAGCCCUAUAGUUAAAGCAGCAAAAAUUGUAACUGAUGUCUUACUCCGAUUUAUUGGGGAUCAGAGCUGUACUGAUAUACUAGAUACUUAUAAUAAAAUUAAAGCAGAAGAACUAAACAGUACUGAUGCAGAGGAGGAUACAGAAAUGGUUGAUUUAGAUUCAGAUGCUCCUGGUACUUCAUCUGGAAGAAGAGUCAAGUGCCGAGGAAGAAGACAGUCUUUAAAGUGUAAUCCUGAUGCUUGGAGAAAACAAUGCAAAGAACUGUUGAGCCUCAUUUAUGAACGUGAAGACUCAGAGCCAUUUCGACAGCCAGCUGAUCCUCUUUCUUACUCAGGCCAUCAAGAGCAAGAAGGGGAAUCCUCAGAGUCAGUUUUUGCAGAAAGACAACAAGAUCCAUCUCCUCCUGAGGAUUAUCAAGAUGUUAUAGAUACUCCUAUGGACUUCAGCACUGUGAAAGAAACUUUGGAAGCAGGAAACUAUGGUAGUCCUCUGGAAUUUUAUAAGGAUGUUCGCCAAAUAUUCAGCAACUCCAAAGCUUAUACCUCUAAUAAAAAGUCAAGGAUCUAUAGCAUGACACUGAGAUUAUCUGCCUUAUUUGAUAGUCACAUUAAAAACAUCAUCUCUGAAUAUAAGUCAGCAGUCCAGAGUCAGAAGAGGAGAAGACCACGGUACAGAAAACGUCUAAGAAGCAGCAGCAGUUCAUUAUCUAGUAGCCGAGCUCCUAGUCCAAAAGGGAAACAGAAACAAAUGAAGUUACAGCCUAAAAAUGACCAGAAUACCUCAGUGUCUUAUGCCAGGACUAGCUCUCCUUUCUCGUCUCCUGUUUCAGAUGCUGCUGAAGGGUUUUCACUCUAUCUUCUUGAUGAUGAACUGGAUGGGCCACUGUGUUCCUCAAGCUUCAGUGGAUAUGGCCGAAGCCAUGACCCAGGGAAAGCCAAGUCAUUCCGGAAUAGAGUUUUGCCUGUUAAACAAGAUCACUCUCUUAAUGGACCUCUUACAAAUGGCGAUGGCAGAGAGCCCCGGACAGGAAUCAAGAGAAGACUCCUUAGUGCAUCAGAAGAAGAUGAAAGCAUGGGAGGAGAAAAGAAAGAGAAAAAAGAAACAAAAGAGAAAUCCCAUUUAUCCUCCUCAGAGAGUGGAGAGUUAGGAUCAAGUUUAAGUUCUGAAAGUACCUGUGGCUCUGAUUCUGACUCUGAAUCAACUUCCAGAACAGAUCAAGAUUAUGUAGAUGGAGACCAUGACUAUAGCAAAUUUAUACAAACCAGGCCUAAAAGAAAACUCAGAAAGCAAUAUGCCAAUGGAAAAAGCAACUGGAAGACAAGAGGCACGGGAGGAAGAGGCAGAUGGGGAAGGUGGGGUAGAUGGAGUAGAGGAGGCAGAGGAAGAGGAGGUAGGGGUCGUGGGGGUCGAGGAAGAGGUGGAGGUGGUACCAGGGGGAGAGGGAGAGGGAGAGGUGGUAGAGGUGCUUCUAGAGGAGCCACCAGAGCCAAACGAGCACGCAUUGUAGAAGACGAAUUUGAUACCAUGUUUUCUGGACGUUUCAGUAGACUGCCUCGAAUUAAGACAAGAAAUCAAGGCAGGAGGACUGUUUUAUAUAAUGAUGAUUCUGACAAUGACAAUUUUGUGUCCACUGAGGAUCCUCUGAAUCUUGGUACAUCCAGAUCAGGCAGAGUGCGUAAAAUGACAGAAAAAGCCAGGGUUAGCCAUCUCAUGGGAUGGAAUUAUUAACAGUUAAUAAAUUUAGAAUAACUUAAAAAAUUCAAUGGCCUUCUACUGCAGGGAAUUUACCAGGAAAUCUACAAAGCAAGUUGUGUGGGGACUUCUGCUUCCUUUCACAUUGGUGCUUUUCCAUUUACGCCAGUAUACAUUUGUUUCAAGACUUUUGAUCUCCCCACUUCAUUUGUUCUAACAAGCCUUACUCAUUAGGCCUUAAAUUAAAAGAAAUUCUGCCCCCACACACACAUGAACACACAAACAUGCACACACACUACAGAUUUACUACAUUAAAGGAGCAUUCAGCUUCUUAAGACUAGCAUGACAUUUUUAUCUCAAUAGGAUAUCCCUCUUUUGCUUUUGUAUCACAGACUUUUAGCACCUUCUUACAGAAUUUUAUAUAGUUUGUUUUUGCCAUUUUGAUUCCUACACCCAGUAAUAAUAACUUUUGCACAAUACACCAAUCCUAAAGGCAGCUAUUAAAUGUUUACAGUUUCUAUAUUGUAAGAACGAUCUGGAUUAUUUUACUCUUCCCAGGCCAAACUUUCAUGAAUUGUACUGAACUGAAGUAUAUAUUUAUACUACAGUUUUUUGGGGGGUGGGGGGGCCUUGAUAUUUUUUUCAUUGAUUUGCUUAAUUCACAUUAAAAGUAAGAAAGGGUUGGUGCCUUGUAAAUACGUAGCAAAUCUCUGUGGUGUGUCCUGAUGUGUGCAUUAACUUUAUUAAAAAGGAAUACUUGAGGUAUCAAUCUAGACAAGGUGCCAAAUGCAAAAGUUUCUUGCAUCCAUUUUCUUUUUCCUAUUAUAUUUUAUUGCAUUAAUAGAACUUGUGUAGCUUAAAGAAUAACUUAAACAUUUGAAAAAUCCUCAUCCACAAAGAAUGACUUUGAACAGUAGCUCAGCUACCUCUUAACUACAACUACUGGAAACAUUAAAGAAAAUAAAUGAUGUUAUUCAUUACUGAUAAGAAAUAGAGCAAGCUUAGUAGGAGUGAAUACUCAUAAGUUAUAAACUGAGAAGUUAAUAAUUAUUGGCUCUCAAAUUAUAGUUGUAAUUAACAAAUUUUCAUAAAUAUAGUACGCUCUACCUUAGGCUUUCUUAGAACAUAUUUGUGUAAUUAGACUUGGGCUACUGCUUGUAUUUCUGCUACCACUUACUAUUUAACAGCUAUGAGUUACUGGUUUUAUUUGAAUCUUGAAACUUAAAACAUCUAGUUUAAGUUGGAUUGUUUUGGCUAGAUAGUAUAUUGAGUCAUCUUUAAUAGGUUCUUCUCAUAUCAUUCCAAAGGGUUCUUCUGUUUUAGUCUUUCAGAAAAGAACCUUAUUGCACUGCACACUGAUAUUUUGAAUCAUUAUUUUAUAGAUGGAAAUAAUCUUUAACAACUCUGAAUGGUCUUGUUUACAGUAGAGUGCACAUGGUUCCGUAAGUGAGCUUGAGUUCCAAGAUCAAUUUUACUCCUCAUAUUUGAGAUAGCAGAUUUGCUAAUUUGUUAGAUACUUAGAUUUUUGUGAGAGGGAUAAUAUUGGUCUCUGUUUUAUAACAGCAAAUUUGUUGCACUUAAAUCAGACUUGUGGGAUGAAACAGACAUCUUAAUAUAUACCUAGUUAUCCCAGGAUAUUUCUUAAUGUGUUUUUUCAUGCUUCCAAUCAUUUCAUGCAUCCGAAAAUCCUUAGCUACAGAGGAAGGAGUACACACAUAACUUUGCUUUUUUGGUAGGGUCAGGGGUGGGGGUUAUUCUUGGACUAACAUCUUUAAGCAGUUUUGCUUGCAGUAGAAAUGAUGUUCAGGCUUUAAGAAAGUAUUGUUGAGAAUUGUUAAUGGCACUAACUUCUGUUACUGGACAAUAGACCAAGCUGAUAUUUUUUGUUAUAGUCUUUUUUUUCCACUAAACCAAAACUACUGGUUGUAACUCACCUGCCACUUUUAACCAUAGUAUAGAUUCAGAAUGUUUCUAGUUGAAAUUAUAUUUGUUUUUUACCAAAAUGUACUAUUUUAGUUAUUCAUCUCUUGGGCAUUUAGACUAAAACUGUGCCUGUGUUUUCCCGAAACCAAUAACACUUUGGCCUACCCUAAUCAAAGUAAUGUAGUUACUUAAAUUCCUGGAUAUACCCAAAUGUGGAUCACGUGUGUCAUUUUAGUGUGAAUUUUUUUGUUGACAUUCUUCUAUAAAGAGCUGACCUCCUAAAAUGUAGAAGAAUUGCCAUUUGUGUGAUUUUAGCUUUCUGGAGUUUUAUUUAUAAUUUAUUUUGAAAAAUAAGAAUGCCACAUUUAUUCCCCAAAUGUCAAGAUUUUCUAGGUUUAGGUGAUUAGAAUAAGAAGACUGAAGACAUUUUAAAGCAUAUUUUAUAUGUAGUGAAAUACUGUGAAAAUACUAGUGAACAGCAUUUUGCUGUAAUGUUGAUUUAGUCACCAGGGUAUGUUAGAUGAGCAUAGUUAUCAUUUAUUACAAAACAAACAGAUAAUGUUCUGUUUGCAUGCAAAUUAUUUUAAUAAGUAUGAAAAUAAAAGUUUGGAAGGUA